GAGGACGGCACGCCGCCACCACACAGGGAUUUUAAGGAGAGGGGUGUGGUGCACUAGCCGUCGCCCACCCUUGGGCGUCCGCCUCUUCCUAUCUCUCUGGCACGCAGCCACGCGGAAAGACAAAGUGCGUUUGCGAGGUGGUCGAUUUGGCGGAGCUGGCGAAGCGGGAGGGAGCCGACCUCAGCGGCCUCACACCGUCGACCAUCUCGGCAGACGCGAUCAAGGCCCUCAUGCCCCGCGGUGACCCAUCGACGGCGGGCCCAUCGCGGGUCUCCAAGCGGGCGGCGGACAAGUCUCCGCCAGACCAGCCGCGGCCGAAGCGCAUCGAGCCCAAGACUUGGCCGUUCAACCUCGAAGACUUGUACCAGCUGCUGGAGCAGCCCUCGGGGGGUCGGCAGAUGGAUGCCCGGCCUGCCACCCCGCCCUGCCGGCCGACGUCUCGCCUCUGGCAGAGCGACCCUGGCCCGCCCCGCCCCCGGCGUGUUGCACCCCGCCCGGAGGGAGAUGCGGGGUUUCAGCGGGAGAUGGUGGCCGUGUUCCGCGAGAAGGCCGCCUCCGACGCAGCCCGAAAGCAACUCGAGCAGACCGUGUCCGAGAAGGCCGCCUCCGACGCAGCCCGCGAGCAACUCGAGCAGACCGUGUCGCGGAUGGCGAAGGCGCUGGAGAGCUCGACUCAGCUCUGCGCCAAGCUGCAGCAGGCGGCGGCGGCGACGGCGAAGGGCAGCUCCAAGGCCCUUCAGAAAGUUGCGAACACGCUGCUGGCGCCGGCGGGCGGCAACCUCACGGUGCAGCAGGUGGCGUGGGCGGCGGCCCACUCCGCCGCCGUCCUGCAGCCCCACGACUCGUGAAGCGAGUCACACUCGCUCGAGCCGUAUCUCCUUGUCUAGUUGUCUCCCUCCGCGCUCUCUGCGUUCGUCUCGAUAGGGUUGUACUGUACAUGCCUUUCUGCCGGCGCCCCCCUGCCCUGGGCCACGGCCGUUGUUUAUGUGUUUGUUGUUUGCCGUUGAGGCCACGUACGUUGC